GACAAUAGGCUGAUGAUGCGCAUGCGUAAUGAAUUGUCAAAAUGGCCGCUAAAUUUGAAGGGUUUUUUUUUAACGAAAACUAAAAAAACAUUUGAUGAAUUUUUGUUACUAUUGAUUUUGUUCAUGAUGGGAGUAGAUGAGCAAUACCUUCUCGUCGUGUCUGUAAUAUGUGGACGAAAAUUUCCAAAACGCCCUAGUCAAGAGUUAUUGGUGGAAUCUAGGUUUGAUGGGGAACUUUUGGCCACAGAUCCAGUCCAACAUGGCGAGACUCCAGAGUUUCAUACUGAGCUUGCCUGGGAGCUAAGCAAGAAGACACUUCAUCAGCAUCGCUUGCAGCGGACUCCCAUUAAGCUCCAAUGCUACUCAGUCAACGUACAGACCAAGACUAGAGAGAACAUUGGAUAUGUUAUUCUUGAUCUAAGAUCUGCCUUGGUCAAGGAGGCUACCCCUGCUAAACUUCCAGUGGCUAGCAAGUGGUACAAUUUACUGAACUCCAAGUAUCACAAACACAAGCCUGAGAUACAGCUUGGGAUAUCCCUUGAAGUAGAUACUCCUAUCAAAGAUGAGAGCUUCAAGGCCAGAGCAGCUCCUCCAAGGAAGGGCCAAGUCCCUCCAGUUCAGCCAUCAUCAGAAAUAGACCCUUCAACUGUGACAGCAAUACUCAACAAUGAGGAAGGGUUCUAUAGGAUAGGGCCAGAAGAGUCUUGCACUGAUAACUUUGUUCUCUCUGUGACCAUUGCCUUUGCUGCAAAUCUCUCACAGUUAAUCACUCCAGACAUCCCUCUGGCUGCCAGACAUGAAGGUUUCUUCUUCUCCUAUUCCCUCCUUGGUAAUCACGUGACCAACGACAGCUUCCAUGACCUUACAAACCCAACAUUUCCAGCUGAGAGAGCUUCAGUCAGACUGAGAAGCAGUGUGGAUCUACUCAGAAUCUAUUUUCAACGUGAACCUCUUCUUCAGAUUCACCUGUCCUGUGGCGAUACAACGAUAGGUUCUGCUGAUGUGCGUCUGAGCACCCUUCUUCAACCUGGUAGUGAUGCUAUCAACAGGCAACCUCUCAUCAUUGAAGGUGCUUUUCAGAUUUUGAGCACUGCUCAAAGACAGCAGAAAGAACCUCCUGUAGCCAGCAGCUCUUCACCGUGUGUAGGAGCCUCAGUGGCAUUGAGAAGAGAGGAGAUUCCCUUGCAGACACAAGAUGAGACAACAGGGAAAGCAAACAUGGGUCCACCCGCUGGUCAAGAAACCCCAUCAACUCCGCCCAAACCCGAUACAAAACAAUCUCCUGAAUCCCCACUGGCCACACCCCUGAAGAAAACUGCACCCAAGAAGGAGAAGAAAAGAAGUGCCGAACCCGCCCCUCCAGAGGAUGAGGAUAGCUAUGGAGGAUACACCCCACCCCAGGGGAGCUCCAGGACAGAGGAUGAUGUAGACACACUGAGGGAUAUGGAAGAAGAAGAACGGGAGCUAGAGAGAAACGCCGAUCAAGUGAAACGGACGAAAGAAGAUGCUAAAGUGAAUGCAACUGUUGUUAGGGGAAAACCCAAACCCAAGGCUGGCUCAGCUCCAGCUAAUGUCCACCUAGAUUUCAUGGACGUUUCUGUGCGUCAUUUCUGUUUCUCUAUUGAUCUGAGAAGCAUCAAAGAUGUUAGCACAUCAACAAAUCUUAGUGUGUAUCUUAGGUACACCUACCCAUUCUUUGGAAGCUCUUCCCCUGUCAUGACACACCCUCCCGUAGAGGUGAGGAAACACACAGAGGUUCUGCUUCCUAAUUCAUUCUGUGCAUUUGACUUUGCUACAACUCCCCAACAACUCAGAGAGACGUUGCUCAGGGUUCCAUUAUUAGUAGAGGUAUGGCAUCGUGAUAAGAUGGUGAAGGACCAAUUACUAGGUGUAGCUAGAGUACCUCUCUCUGGGAUCAUCAGUGCUGAUCGGGCCAGAAUUGCACCUACCAGCGCAGAGGCUCAAGAAGGCUGGAGGCAGAUCUUCACAGAGCGGGUAGCAGCGGAGACCACCGAAGGUAGGCGUACCAAGAUGGCGGAGCUACAGGUGGUACUAGGACUGGAGGAUUAUGGUCCUAUCAAGACACAGGAGGUGUACAUGGGUCCUGGUCGUGACUUGUCACAGACGACCAGUACAAGCAGCUCAAGCCAACCCCCAGUCAGACAGCAGGCUCCCCCUCCUCCUCCUCCCCCAGACCCCAGGGAGACACCAGAAUACAAGGCUGCUAUGGAGCUAGAGAUGUGGAAGGAACAGCAAGCUGGCAUGUUUGAGAACCAAAUGAAAGAAAAAGAGCUUCAUCAGCUUCAAUCACUAGCUGAAGAAUUCAAAAGGAGAGACAGGGAGAGAACAUUAGUACUCAAGAAAAAGACUGACGAGUAUGCAACACUGGAAGAUCAACUAAAGCUUGCCUUGGCAGAUGUAGAGAGACGGGAACACCAGCUAGCUGCAAAUGAAGCGGAAGUAGUGAGGCUUCGAGCAGAUCUAGAGAGGGAGCACCAACAUAAACUUGUAGAAAUACAAGAAGCUUCAAGGAGAUUAAAGGAAGAUUGCCUGCAUCAGAUAGAACUUGAAAAAUCAAGAGUGCGAGUACUGGAGGAAGAGAAACAAAGAUUGGCCUCACAGCUAGCAGAUGCUGAUCAGAGAUUAGCAAAGAAAGAUCAGGAAUUUGAGCAAUUCAAGCAGGAGUCUAGCAGUAAACCAGAGAUUAAACUUCAGGCACAGAUCAACCUUCUUACUUUGGAAAAGGUGGAACUAGAGCGGAAGUUUGAAUCGGUGACCAAAUCCAAGAUCCACUACAAGCAGCAAUGGGGGCGAGCGUUGAAGGAGCUUGCUAGGCUGAAGCAGAAGGAGGCCACGGAGGCUAGACAGAGACUCAAGAGACAGCAGCAGGAGCUGGAGCAUAUGAGGUUAAGAUACCUCGCUGCGGAGGAGAAAGAGGUGGCUAAGGAGGAGAAGAAGGAACUGCAGGAGAUCAAGGGGGAAUUGAACAGAUUAAAAGACAGUGAAAGGAGUAAAGAGAAGCAGCAGCAGGCAACCUCACAACCAGGAGAAGAAGACAUGAACUCAGAAGAACACCAACAGGAAGGUAUGCACCGUAUAGAGGAUGCAGCGCUGGAAGAACAUGUAGCGAGGUUGAUAGAAGAAAGAGAUACGUUACUGAGAACUGGGGUUUACACACAUCAAGAUAGGAUUAUUAGUGAACUAGACAAGCAGAUAAGACAAGCCAUUGCACAGAAAGGGUCAUGACAGCAAUGAUAGAAGGAAUGACUGCUGCUCGAAUUUGAGGAUUCUACAGAAGAUUUUUUGAUGGUUAUAUACAAUCAAGACUGGAAGGUAUUAUACAAGCAGGUAAGAUUGGCCAUGGUACAGAAAAGGGUAGCAACAGCAUGGAAAGAGGGAACAACUGAAUUUGAUUGACAGACACUUGGAAGAUUGUCGAAAGGAGUUGAUAAUUUUGUUCAUGUCUUUGUUGAAGAAAACUAGACAAGCAAAUAAGACAAAUCAUUUCAGAUGGUGUUGUUGAGGUUUAUAUACCAUCAAGACUCAAUUGAAAGUGAACGAGAUAAAGAGAUAUGAUUACCUUGCAAAGGAGGGGUGAAAGGAAAAUAGAAAGACAACCAUGAGGAGUCUAGAGAAAAUAGAUGUUGUUGAGGUUUGCAGGUUUAUCAGUGAAACAGACUAAAACAAGACAAGCCGUUCUAAAUGCACCAACAUAAAUAAAGGGCCCAAUUGCAUAAACGUUAACAGUAUUAGUAUAUUACUACAGUAUAUUAUAGUAACUUUGCCUUCCAGUGUUAACAGGACCUACUCAGACUCAACAUUUUGACGAGUAUGUUCUUCGCAAAUUUUGAUGGGUAUAAAGUUGAAAAUGAGGCCAUUCUACUCUCAUGUUGGUGCUGUAUGCAUGAAA